UGGUACAGAGAGGAGAGGAGACGUUAGCUGCCUGCGCGACUCCGGCCAUGCAUCGCAUCGAGCGACCCCGCUUGCCUCCACGUCCUUCCUUGCGAGGGGGACCCGGCCCGGCGUCGCGUUCCGCUCGAAACUGCACGUGUCAGGGCGAGCGACGCCACAGCUGCGAGCCGCCCGUCCGUCCGGCGGGCCUCUUUAAGUACGCGCCACGCCGGGCUCCUCGUUGCAUCGUCACCCGAAAGGCUGAGGCGUUGCAGUCUUGCAGGGCGCGCGAGUACGCGAGAAGAGAGAGCGAGCCGGUGGCGACGACAGCGGCGGAGGAGGGGCGGGUCACGGGGAACAAAGCUGCGGGGAUGGGGCGCGACGGCGGGAGGCGGGGCGCGGAGUGCUGCGAGCUCUGCGGAGCGCCCGCGGCCGUGCACUGCGCGGCGGACGCGGCGUUCCUCUGCGCCGCGUGCGACGCCAAGGUGCACGGCGCCAACUUCCUCGCGUCACGCCACCGCCGCAGGAGCCUCGCGGGGGCCGCGCCGGGCGACGAGGGGUACGAGUCCGCGACGAGCUCCUGCGUGUCCACGGCCGACUCGGCGUCGACGACGGCGCGGCGGAGGAGGCGGCCAGCGCGAGGGGGGGCGAGGAGGCGCGCGCGCACCGAGGCAGUGCUCGAGGGGUGGGCCAAGCGGAUGGGCAUCGCAACAGAGAUCGCGCGCAGGCUCGCCACGGCUGCCGGGCGCGCGCUCCGGGCCUGUGGCCCCGACGCCGCGGCCGCGCGCGUCCCGCUGCGCGUCGCGAUGGCCGCUGCGCUGUGGUGGGAGGCGGCGGCCGAAGCCGGUGCGGGCCAGGACGACGCGCUUCGGCGGCUGGAGGCGUGCGCGCACGUGCCGGCGAGGCUCGUGGUGGCGGCAGCUUCGUCCAUGGCGCGCGCGCGUGCUCAUGCACGGAGGCGGGCCGCCGUGGGCGCCGUGGAGGGCUGGGAUGAAUGCUCGUCGAUCGGGCCCAAAUCCAGCCCAACCCGUUCUUGAUUUCCCUUCCGUCUGUUUGGGUGAACCACAGCACAUGACUACUGAGAAAUUAUAAAUUUGUUGUCCUUGUUUGUUUUUAUUUUCCUCUGUGUGCUAAGCAAAGCAAAUCUUGUGGUUAGGACUAGGGGAACACAAUUUUUUCCCAUUAUAGUAGGUUAUUUGAUUAGACUUGUGAGCUAAUUGUGGCACAAGUGUUGUUGAUUAGUUAGGCAGAAUGGCUGCAUUGUUCUUUACACUUGGCAUUUGGAUCAAGGAAAUCUCACAUAAACUCUACAGUGGUUAUAAAACCAUGUACAUGUAGUUUCCGUUUUCCAAUUUCCAAACAAGGAGUGGUUAACUUCUGUAAUGGAUACUCUAAAAAAAAUGUAAUGGUUCAAAACGGUUUGGCACCGAAUGAUUCAUGUGUACUAAUAAUAUUGAGAAAAUUGAUGCGU